UCUAGCAUUUGCCAUCCUGGUAACGUCCCUUUACUGCUGCUCUAUAUGGGCGUGCAUUCCCUUGUCUUUGUGUUUUAUGCUGUUCUGAAGAUCAGCAGAGAAAAAAAUGGCCCUUAUCCAUUCUAUCCCACCGUAUUUUCGAUCCUGACUAACACGGAUUAUGUAGUCCCGUGACCUGCCCCCUAGUGGUCGCGGGUGUUUUAUGAGGCUAUCAUGCCCGGCGUUCAUGAAGAUAUUGGAUCGGAGGUGAUACCAAAUCCGCAAGAGUAUGCUGGGACAAUAUGUCCGCGACAGUUUACUCUCCGCGAUCGGGUAACUGUCGCGACUCUCGUUCCUUUUAUCUCGGUUGCUCAAGUACCUCAUGGUCUGCUGAGGUAUCUCUCAGAUCAGCUCAAUAAAGAGAUUGAAAAGGGUGAUACCUACACCAUGAUUGACCCAAUUCCGCUUGAGAAAUUUGCUCCGUGGUGGUUCUCUAAUAUUGGCGCUGUGAUGCUUCUGGGUGACAUACAGGAUGUACAUGAUGUGAACAUCAUGGAGCACAAUGGUACUGACUGGACAAAAGUUUGUCUGGGUAGUUUCAAUAUUAGACCGAAUUACCCGGGUCGUAGCAGUCAUGUGUGCAACGGCAUGUUCCUGGUCACUGAUGCCUCUCGUAAUAAGGGUGUGGGUAAGCUGAUGGGCGAGGGCUUUCUUGAAUGGGCGCCGAGGCUGGGCUACACAUAUUGUGUGUUCAAUCUCGUAUACGAGAGUAACAUAGCUUCAUGCCGAAUGUGGGAUUCACUAGGAUUCAAACGUAUCGGCAGAGUUCCGGGCGCCGGUCAUAUUAAGUCCUAUCCAGGACAACCGGUUGACGGUAUCAUUUAUGGCCGUGAUUUGAGCAUUGAAGGUGACGAAUCUGUCACCCAGGAGAGAUUCGAUAAAAUUCGAUAUUAUCUGAAACAUGCCAAAUAUCCACGAGGCGCAGACCGUGCCGAGAAGAGCCGUUUGAGAAGUGCGGCAACGCACUAUAAACUCGUCGGUGGAGAGGACGGGGAACCGGAAAGACUGAUGCUCAAGGAUAAAGAGGUUGUCUCAGACCCCCAGCAGCAGUACGAGAUAGCUCGGCGGGUUCAUUUGGAACAUCACGGCGGAAUCAACAAGACCACGGCUACGGUGGCAUUGAAAUACCACUGGGUCCGUAUCAAGGAGACUGUAAGUCGAGUCAUCCGGGACUGUCCGAAGUGCAAAGAGGCUUCUAAAGCCCCGCCGAUCUUGAAUGGUGGAAGAACUUCAGAACCACCAGUUAUCAAACCUAUCAGCGAGAUUGAGACUGCUGUUACGAAUAGUCUGAUCUCACACUCGGAGCACCUGAUGGCAGAUGCUACCCAUGUACAUGCUAGUCCCUUCACCCAAACACAUACGACAGAGGUACAUACAAUGGCCGACGACAGUAUGUCCGAUUAUACGCACUUACCACUUGACCCGCAAAUGAUCGAUAUGAACACACAUCUAUCUCGCUUUCAACAUCAUCACGGUAUGGCCACCGGAUACGACCAAAGUCACGGAUUACCUCAUGCUGUGUUUGAGGAUGACCUGAGGGGUCAUCAUCACAAUGAUUAUCAGGCCAUGGUUAAUGAUGAAUCGGACUCGGAGGCACUACAACGGGAUGCUUUGAAUCUGGUGAAUACGCAGUUGACGGACUCUCAACACGAGCAAGAGAUGCUCUCUAGAUAUGUGGAUCGGUCUGAUGAUGAGCUUGACUUUACCUGAGGCGGGUAAUGGUGCAUGUAUGAUGUCGAGGCAUUUUGAGGAUAUAAAUAACAGCUUUUGCACA